GCUGGGCUGCUGCCGGAGAGACCCGGAGUCAGCGAACACUCAACCAGUUAACCCAAACUGGCAGCGCAGCUGGGGCUGAGGGGCUGCCCCGGCGAGUUUUAAACCUGAGUAACGUUUAGGUUGGAACCUACGCCUCUCUCUGUCACCACCGCCCGUCCUCCUGAUGUCUGACUUCAAGCUCGGGAUCGUACGGCUCGGCCGUGUGGCCGGGAAGACAAAAUACACACUGAUUGAUGAGCAGGACAUACCGCUUGUGGAAAACUAUGCCUUUGAGGCACGCAUGGAGGUAGAUGCGGAUGGCAAUGGAGCUAAGAUCUUUGCCUACGCUUUCGACAUUGGCAAAGGCCGCUGGGCAGGAAGGCCAUUGCAUGAGCUGCUCUGGGAGAAGCACAGAGGUGGCAUUGCACCCAGUUUUCAAGUCAUCCACAUCAACUCUGUGACAGUGGACAACCGGCUAGACAACCUGCGACUGGUGCCAGUAGGCUGGAGCCCCAAGCCAGAGGAGAUUUCCAGCAAGCAAAGAGAGCAGUCUCUGUACUGGCUGGCCAUCCAGCAGGUGCCAGCCGACCCUGUGGAGGAGCAGUAUCUGGAGCUGAGCCGCACACGCUACUACAACGCUAACGGGGAGCUGGUGGAGGAAGAGGAGUGCUCCUGCACCUACUACGAGUGUCAUUAUCCUCCUUGUUCACUCAUUGAGAGGAGGCUGCGGGAGUUCAACAUCUGCGGUCGCUGCCAGGUGGCACGCUACUGUGGCUCCCAAUGCCAGCAGAGGGACUGGCCCGCCCACAAGAAGCAGUGUCGUGAGCGCAAGCGGGUGCUGGCCCUGGAGUCAGAGCCCGAACGAUGAUUCGCCUUCAUCCUCGCCUGGGAGAGGAUGAGGGAGAAUGGGGAGGGGGGCAGGGCUUGAC